AUGAUUCCUUGGAACCAAUUCACCUCCAGCCAGCAGGAUCCUGACUGGCGCAUCGAACUCAACGAACACAAUCUACUCUUCUACGUCAACAAGGGCCCAAGCCAACUCAGGCGUGUUCUAGACUCGCCAAUGCUUGAGUCUGCGCAGGAGCGCCAGUUCGUCUUAUCCCAGCUAGGACUGCCCAAUGUGAAUUUCGAAACCGAGCACGCCGGCAGAAUGGGCUAUGCCAUUCAACUCUUCUCCAAGCAUUUCAUCACCCACGAGACCGAUGAAUCGUUCUGUCCCUCGUCGCCACACUAUGAGGAUCUGACGGACUUUCGUAGUGCGUUUUCCUAUGCCGAGCCAACCCCGUCACUACCGAUGUCUGACCUUUUAGAAGGCCUUCCAUCACCAUCAUCCCCUACGCCAACCGUCAAGUCCCUGAGAUCGGCCAAAUCACCAAUGAGCGUGGAAUCGUUGAUGAAUCCAGAGAUUAGUCCACCAUCCGAACGCAAGCGGAAGUACUCCGACGAACGCUUUCCACCCAUUGACGCUGACGACGAUCCCGAAGGCCUUGAGGCUCUGGAAACGCCUGCAAGCCUCAAACAGACGUUCAAAUACGCACGGACUGCGAAAAUUGGGAAUGCACCAACUGCGCGGCUACGGAGGGACACUCGAAUGCGGCGACCGAACCUCGAUCGAGGCCACAGUAAGUUCAAGUACAUGGACGGUGGUCGCCAUCAGAACGACUUGAGGGGUUCGUCGUCAUUACUUGACUGGUCUCAAUACGGCGAUUGA